CUUCUUUUUUUCAGUCAGGUAGCGCGUGUCUCUCACACGCACACGCGCGCGGGACUUGGCUGCUUGUCGAACAGCGACGUGCGCGUGGCCGGCACCCUUCAUCUUUAUCAUCAUCAUCUUCCGUGAUGAAGACCCUCAGGUCCCACCCCUUCCUGGAGGGCAGGCCAACCUUCAACCUGGUGGGGGCGUGUCCGCAGCGGAUGGACACACCUGCUGUCGGCUCGGCAGCUGAGCAGACGACAGCUGCUGGCUCCGCCUACUCGCUCUGCGACGUGUGCAACUUGCAGCUAACCUCGGCGGCUCAGGCUCAGCUGCACUACAACGCGCGUUCUCACCUGCGCCGCGUACGCCAGAUGAAGGCAGGCGGGAUGGGGGGACAGGUGGCAGCAGGGGGGCCGUCCAAGCUCCUCCCCCUGGCGUCCGGUCUUCGCUGUCUGGCUGGACAAGUGCAAACGUCAGAGCCCAGCGCCCCCCUGUGUUCAACUACAGGUGGCGCUGGAGGUCCAUCCGUCCUGAUGAAACCCUUCUUGCCUUUCCCCGUGGACGCCGUUGCGCCAGUCGCACUGUUUCCAAACUUCAACACGAUGGACCCCGUGCAGAAGGCCGUCAUCAAGCACACGUUUGGGGGCGUGGCGGCCAAGAGGAAACAGGUGAUCACGUGCAGCGUCUGCCGGCUGAGGUUCAACUCUGACUCGCAGGCGGCGUCUCACUUCCGAGGCGGACGUCACGCCAAGAAGGUCAAGUCCCAGGAGAACAAGACCAAUGGCAGUGGGUCCCGGAAAGCAGGCCCCGCCCAUCCGAUGAGCACCAAUCAGCACACAGAGGUCGCCCCCUCCUCACCCUCGUCCAGCCGAGCAGGAAGUGAGACUCCUCCCCCCAGCCCCGCCCCCACUCUCCCCCAGGAAGCCCCGCCCACGGCAGAGUGUGAGGAGGAGAGGGCCAAGCAGCUGAUGUAUUGUUCCCUCUGCAAGGUGGCCGUCAACUCUCUGUCUCAGCUGCAGGCUCACAAUGCAGGUGAGGUGGGCAGGGCCAGUGUCGUUAGCUCCCCCACGGCUAAUGUUUACCUGCCGGCAGGGUCCAAACACAAAACCAUGCUGGACGCUCGCAGCGGCGCCGGUCCGAUCAAGUCCUACCCUCGCCCCGGCGCCAAGCCCAAGACGUGCAAUGCAGCGACAACGGUGAAAGGUUCUGGUCUGCAGAACAAAACCUUCCACUGUCAGACGUGUGACGUCCACGUCAACUCUGAGAUACAACUCAAACAGCACAUCACCAGCAGGAGGCACAAGGACCGCGUGGCAGGCAAGCCCAGCAAGUCCAAACACUCUCCUCACAACAACAAUAACAACAACAUGAGAACGCAACACAGCUCACUGAUGGAGCUGGCCAAGUCCCCCUUCCUCCGCCCUCCUCCUUUCACCUCCUCCCUCCCACCUGGGCCCCCCCCUUCCUUGCCCCUCCUCGCUGCCUCCUUCCUGCGUCAGGCGCCAGGACAGAUCCGAACGCGCCACCCCUCGCUCCUCUUCGCACCCUACUGAUGCUGACCUUUGGCCUCUCUGGACUCAUCUUGGACCAGAACCAAAUAAACUUCCAGAACAAACCUUGGUGUCUCAAAAAGAACCAGAAGAACCUUUGAAAGUAAAAAAAAUGUGGACCUGAACCAGAAGCUAGACUUGGAUAAAAAGGACAAGUGAAGGAUUCUGUGAUGUCAUCAGACUGUUGUCCAAUCACCUGCCAGAAGUGCAUCAUCAGGCUACUUCCUGCAAGCAGAAAAUUAUUUUCCAGGACCUGUGGGACGAAACCUGCUUUUGACUCCAGGCCAUGAGAGGACAUCACGUGACCUCAGAGGAACUUCCUGUCUCAUUCACUUCUCACCAGCAGCAGACUACCAGGCUCCGCCCCCUUUCAUGAGGUCAUGUGACCUGCUCUUACUUUGUGCUUCUUCUCAUUUGGUUUGCUUGCUCCUGAAUUACUUGAACUGUCGGAAUGCUCCUGUGAUGAGGAUGAUGGUGAUAGUGAUGAGGAAGAUGAUAAUCAUGAUGGCGAUGACAGUGAUGAGGAUGAGGAUGAUAGUGAUGAUGAUAAUGGUGAUUUGGAUGAUAGUGAUGAGGAUGAUGAUAGUGAUGAGGAAGAUGUGAGGAUGAUUGUGACAUUAAUGAUCAUGAAGAAAUGGAUGAGGAUGACUGUGAUGAGAAUGAUGAUGGUGAUGUGAUGAUAGUGAGAAUGAUGGUGACAUGAAUCAUCAUGAAGAAAUGGAUGAGGAUGACUACGAUGAGAAUGAUGAUGUGAUGUCAGGAUGACUUUGAUAAGAAUGAUGAGGAAGAUGAUAAUCAUGAUGGUGAUGUGAUGAUAGUGAAGAUAAUUGUGACAUUAAUUAUGAAGAAAUUGAUGAGGAUGACUAUGAUGAGAAUGAUGAGGAAGAUGAUAAUCAUGAUGGUGAUGUGAUGAUAGUGAGAAUGAUGGUGACAUUAAUUAUCAUGAAGAAAUGGAUGAGGAUGACUAUGAUGAGAAUGAUGAUGUGAUGUCAGGAUGACUAUGAUGAGAAUGAUGAGGAAGAUGAUAAUCAUGAUGGUGAUGUGAUGAUAGUGAAGAUAAUUGUGACAUUAAUUAUCAUGAAGAAAUUGAUGAGGAUGACUAUGAUGAGAAUGAUGAUGGUGAUGAGAAUGAUGAUAAUCAUGAUGGUGAUGUGAUGACAGUGAGAAUGAUUGUGACAUUAGUUAUUAUGAAGAAAUUGAUGAGGAUGACUAUGAUGAGAAUGAUGAUGGUGAUGUGAGGAUGACUAUGAUAACAAUGAUGAGGAAGAUGAUAAUGAAGGUGAUGUUAUGAUACUGAGGAUAAUUGUGACAUUAAUUAUAAAUAAAUGGAUGAUGAUGAGAAUAAUGACAGAAAUGAGGAAGAUGAUAAUGCUGAUGUGAUGAUAGUGAGGAUGAUUGUGACAUUAUUUAUGAAGAAGUGGAUGAGGAUAAUGAGGAAGAUGAUCAUCAUGGUGAUGUGAUGAUAGUGAGGAUGAUUGUGACAUUAAUUAUGAAGAAAUGAAUGAUGAUGAUAGUAACGAGAAAGAUGAUAAUGGUGAUGUGAUGAUAGUAAGGGCCAUUGUGACAUUAAUUAUCCUGAAGAAGUGGAUGAGGAUUAUGAGUGGGGUUAUGUUGAGCUGGAUGAUAAAAGUUACGAUGAUGAUGCAAGCGUGAUGAUAAUUGUAAGGAGGAUAGAGAUGAUGAUAAAUAUGAUGAUGGCAAGAUCUAGGAUGAUGAUAAUGACAGAAAAUGUGAUGAUUAGAAUGAAAAUAAUUGCAAGGAUAAAGAUGAUGAUAAUUACAAUAAUGAUAGCAAGGACAAUAAUGAUAAUUGUCAGGAUAAUGGUGAUAACGCUGUGAUGAUGAUAGUGACGAUGAUGAUUAUAAUGGCAAGAAUUAAGAUGAUAAUGAUGGUGAGGAUGAUAAUGAUAAAUAUGGUGAUCAUGAUGUUUAUGAUGGCAAGAAUUAGGAUGAUCAUGAUGCAUAUGAGGAUGAUAAUUGUGACAGAGAUAAGGAUGUGAUUAUAAGUAGGAUGUAUAUGAUGACAAUAGUGACAAUGAUAAUUAUGAUGGCAAGAAUUAGGAUGAUAAUGAUGGUGAUGAUAGUGACGAUGAUAAAUAUGAUGGCAAGAAUUAGGACAAUAAGGAUGGUGAUGCCAAUAAUUGAUGAUGAUGAUGGUGAGGAUGAUAAUAUCAUUGUAAGGAUGAUGGAGAUAAUGGUGUGAUGAUGAUGAUGAUGAUGAUGGCAGGAAUUAAGAUGAUAAUAAUGAGGGGCAUUUUGAUAGCGGUGAUGAGGACAAUGGAGAUGAUUAUGACGAUAAAAGAUGAUGACAAUAACUAUAAAAGGUUAUGAUGAGGAUGAUUGUAAGGAUGACGGCGAUGAUAAUGAGAAGGAUGGAAAAGAUGUGCACUAUAAUGAGGAUGAUAAUGAUGACUGUGAGGAUAUUAAAAAUAAAUGUGGUAAUACUGAACCAGAAAAAAAAGUACUCUGACUGAUGAUGUCAUCAUGAUGCAAUAACGGAGCGUCUCAUACAACUUUGAAUAAAAAUAAAACAUUUAUUGGUGAACUUA